AUGUCUAGCUUAUCUUCCUCAAGCUUAAGGAAAAUUAAUAUCUAAAAAUCAAAAUUCAACAACUACUCUAUCACUAUAGAUGAUAAUCAAAUUAUGAUAGAUGAUAUAUAAUUCACUUAAGUUCAAGAUGGAUUAAUUUAAUUAAAAAAUGCAAAAUUAAAUGAUAUAUAGUAAACUAGUUAGGGAUAUUUCUAUUUUAAAAAUACAAGUGCUUAAGUUAGUCAUUUUAAGGCCGAUGAUAAUAAUAUUUAGACCUAUUUUUUGCAUUUUGAUGGAUACUUUUAACAAGUUUAAGCAGACAGUAAUAAUAACAAAAAUCUUUUAAUAGAUGAUUGUAUUAUUUAAUAAACAAAUAAAGGUGGAGGUAUUAUGAUUCAAGAUAUACAAAAUGCUCUAGUUUCCAAUAGCAAAAUUAAUUAUAACUAAGGAAGUGAAUAAGGUGGAGGUAUAUAAAUGAUCAAAUGCUCGAAAGUAAUUUUAUAAGAUGUUGAAAUUAUAGGAAAUAAAGCUUAUUUGUAUGGAGGAGGAAUUUAUCUCAAGGAUACAAAUUUGCAGCUAAUAUCUUGCAAAGUUUAGUUUAACUCUGCUAUUGUUGGAGGAGGUAUUAGAUAUUUAAAUUCCAUAAUAGAUGAUAAAGUUAAUCAGAAUGAUUAAAGUUAAGUUAUAAAUAAUACUGCUAUGGUUUAUGGAAACAAUUAAUGUUCUUUACCAAAAGAAAUGAAAAUCAAAUAUGAAUAAAAUGGAAUAGAUAAAAUAAUAAUUGCAACAAGCAGUUCAAACUAGUAGCUUACUAAAAUUAACUUUCAGCUUAUUGAUGAGGAAGAAGAAGUAGUUAAACUUCCUAAUAGACUGAAUACCUAACUAGAAGAUUUCAAUUCCUUGGAAAUAUCAAACUAUUUUAAUAGAUUUUAGCUAAGUUAGGAGAAGAAAAAAAAUUUAAUUUAAAUUCUAUAAUAAGAUUUUGAUGAAUUUUACUAAUUCAAUCUAUUUUCAGACAGUGAUGUUUUAGGAUAAGUAUAAAUAUAGUAGAAAAAUUCUUUCAGUCAAUACAAUUAUACUGAUAAAUACACACAUUAACUUAGCAAAUAUAUUUUAUAAUCAGGCUAUUCUAAUUUAUUGAGUAACAACUCAUAAAAUUAAAUCUAUUAAUUUUAAAUUUAAUCCUAAGGUAAUUUAUUUAAUAUUUAAGUUAAUCUUAAAUUUAGAAAAUGUAUUUAAGGAGAAAUAAUCAAUAAAAUUGGAUAAGAUUUCUAUGAGUGUUAUUUAUGUAGCAAUAAUACUUAUUCCCUUGCAGAUCCUUAUAGCAAUUAAUUAUAAAAUUCUUGCAAAGAGUGUCCUUAUGGAGCUCAGAGCUGCUAUGGAAGUUAAAUAAUACCUUAGUAAGGGUAUUGGAUAUAAGAAAACUACCCAAAUAUAUAUUAUUGCCUCAAUACCUAUGAUAGUUGCAUUUAUAAUACUUCUACAAAUACUUCCUGCUCAGAGGGAUACACAGGCCCAUUGUGUGAAAGUUGCAGAUAUCACAAAAAUAACUCUAUUGGAGAGAUUCAGUAUUUUUCAAAAAAAGGAAAAUAUAAAUGCGCUGUUUGCAGUAAUAAAAUAAGCUAAAGAGAUGAAAUUUUACUUACUGUCUUUUUAGGCUUAAUAUUUUUAGGUUACUUAACCUACUAAAUAUCAUCAAACUAUAAAAAGAAGGUAAUUAAGAUGAAACUACUUUACCUCAAGAGAGGUUAAAUGCUUUAUAUUUCUAAUUCAUUAAACUCCAAUGAGAAAUCAUCAUUUGCUUUAAAAAUACUGAUCAGUUAUAUGCAGAUUAUAAGUGUAGUCUUCUAGCUAAAAAUUCAAACUCCUGGUUUUACACUCCCAUUUUAGUAUUUUGGAACACAGAAUAGAGUGAAAAAUCUCUUCAUAUCAGGAUUAUUGAAAAUAUAUUACAUGUUUUAUCCAGGCAUUAUUUAGAUUGUUAUAGGAACAAUUUCAUGUAAAGAGUUUAAUGGAUAAAAGUAUGUGCUAAAUGACCUUUAAUUUAAAUGCUAUGAUAGAUAAUAUAACAUUUUCAAUUAUGUUUUCGGAUUACCUUUGCUCAUUCUUGCGCUUAUAAUUCCUUCUUUAAUAUUUAGAAAGUUAGUUAAGAGCAAAGAGCACAUAUAUUAGGAUCCUAAUAUUUUUAUUUCAUAUGGAUUUUACUUCUCAGAAUUUUAAUUACAUAUUUAGCCUUACACAUACCUCUAAUUUAACAAAUUAGAUCACUUGUCUCAAAUAACAGCAGCUGUAACAAUAUUGUGCUUGAAUAUUCUAAUAAAAAUUUAAAAACUUUAUCCUAAUUGUAUACCAGAAAUCGAUGAUGGUAGAGUUAACAUUUUAAGAUAAACUAUGAAUUGGAAAAAUUUAUUAUUAGCUUUUUCGAAGAGAAGCUAUAAAGGAGUAUAUUCUUACACUAAUUAAAUGAAAUAGCAAAGCUAAACAGACUAAGCUUUUAUAAAUUAAGAUAAAAUAUAGUUUUCACCAAACAAGCGCAUGAAAUUAUCUAUCUUUAAAUCUUAAGAUCAAAACUUAAACAAUAUUUAAGAAUCAGAAGGAAUAUUAAAUACAGAUAGAAAACUUUUAACCUAAGACGAUAAUUAAUUUGAGUACUGCUAAAAAUAAAUAUAAACAGAUAAAGAUAGCAGUUAAAUCAUUGGAUAGGAAAUAUUAAACUAUAAUUCUGUUAGAGCACAUUAUAAGUUAGUUUAACCUGGAUAGCAAUUAAAACUCCUUUCAUCUGUAUCAUAAAUCCCAGACGAAAUACAAUAAAUAUUUCCAAAUAAAACAGGAGAAGAUUAAAAUAAUUAAAAAGAAAAAAAUUGA